AUGGCGUCUCGGGCGAAUAGCAAAAGCACCAAAAACCACAAGCUCUCCUCGUACUUUAUGCCGCUUGGUUCAUCUCAUACGUCUUCUAAACAAUGGCAACCACAAGCUCUCCCACCCCCUCCACAACAGUUGACACCCUCCAAGCCCAGCUGCCCAACUCAACCCACCUUCGUGUCGCAACUCGCGCCCUAUCCUCAUGCGCCACUAUCUUUCCCAACUCCACACCCACAGGUCACUAUAGAGCCUGUGAAAACAGCUCACAUUCCCUCAUUGAUGCGUAUCACUGGAUUACUACUGCCGAUUCGAUAUCCGACUUCCUUUUAUUCAGCAACAAUAACCGACCUACUCGUCGCGAGCGUGUCGAGGGUUGCGAUAUAUCAUAAUCAUCCAGUGGUGGGAUCGGACCUAGCUGAAAACAAAUUUGCAAGAGAUACUUCUGCAGUUGGCAACACAGAAAAGGUUAUCGGCGGAAUACGGUGUCGUCUGGAGCCGUUGCUAGACACCAGCAUUGAUGGAGAUGGACGGAUGGCCACAAAUCUAUACAUCCUGACUCUUCACUUACUUUCGCCAUACCGAGGGCAAGGCAUUGCAGCAUCACUUCUAAACUCGCUCCUUUUUGAUGGUAUGUCGGGUUUACAUGAUCUGGGUUCAGCAAACACCCGACCGCCAGUAUCCGCGUUGGUUAAGCACUAUAACAUCCGAACAGUAACCGCUCAUGUCCACGAAACAAACAAAGAAGCGUUACAGUGGUACGUCUCUCGGGGCUUUCGGGUCCAGGACGGGGUGAUACAGGGAUACUAUCAUAAAUUAAAGCCUGGAGGUGCGAGGAUUGUCAAGCUGGAUUUGAAUUGGGACCAAGAGCAUCAGGAACAGUGUUCUGACCCAGAAUUCUCUCAACAGGCCUUAAACUUCAAAUUAACAUUUCAAAAAGACGAAGAUGAUGAAUGGGAAAAGGUCGAUGCUUUAGAGUAUCCGAUGCCCGAGGCACUUGAAGAUUAUGAGAAAGUCGAUCGAAACGGAGAAGACGAGGGGAGCACAAAUAAGAGGAUACGGAGUACUUGA